AUGUCUCUCGCCGCUCGCACCGCAACCGUCUCGCGGGUCACCAACGAGACCAAGAUCCAGGUCUCGUUGUCCCUGGAUGGCGGCGUUCUCCCACCGUUCGAGCCGAUGGCGCACUUCCCCCCGCCAACUGACCCGGAGGAGGCGGAGGCCGAGAAGAAGGGCAUUGUGCCCAUCAAGGGUGCUCACCAUGCUACACAGUUCACACCCACCCAGCAGAUCACCAUCAGCACGGGGAUCGGGUUCCUGGACCACAUGCUGCACGCGCUGGCGAAGCACGGCGGGUGGAGUCUGGCCGUGCGGGCCAAGGGCGAUCUGUACAUUGAUGACCACCACACAACAGAGGACACCUUCCUCGCCCUCGGCACCGCCUUCACAAAAGCCCUCGGUGCCCGGCAAUCGCUCGCCCGCUUCGGCCGUGGCGACGCGCCCCUCGACGAGGCUCUGUCCUGGGCCGUCAUCGACCUGUCCAGCCGCCCCUGGGCCGUGAUCAACCUCGGCUUCAAGCGCGAGAAAAUCGGCGACCUGAGCACCGAGAUGAUCACCCAUGGUCUGCAGAGUUUCGCGCAGGCCGCCGACGUCACGCUCCACGUUGGCUGCACCUACGGCGAUAACGAUCACCACCGCGCGGAGAGCGCGUUCAAGGCUCUGGCUGUUGCGAUCCGGGCUGCCACUGCGCGCCGUGUUGCGGGUGAGGUUGGUGCGGGCGAUAUUGUUAGCACUAAGGGUGUGCUAUAA